AUGGAGACCCCCGUUACACUUCCGUUCGGCCAGUGGAAGAGUCCAAUCAGCUCUACUGUGCUUGGUGCUGAUGGUGUUCAGUUCGAAUCUAUCGCGACGUCAAAUGGAAAGGUCUACGUUAUAGAGGGGAGGCCCAAGGAGCAGGGACGAGGCUGCAUUGUGGAAUACGCUGGUCGUGAAGGGCGCGAUAUUUUACCCACCAAAUAUGAUGCCCGGACCAAAGUCUAUGAGUACGGUGGCGCGUCGAUGAUUGCUCACAAUGGCUAUAUUGUCUUUUCCGAUCGUGAGACACAGGAUCUGCACAAACUUGAUCCCUCGACUGGCGUUGUUGAGCAAAUCACUGAGACUGGCCCUGCCCUUCGCUAUGUGUGCACAUCCGCCACAGGCCCUUGGAAUGAUGAGGAGAAGGAGGCGGGAUGGCUCUUGGCAAUCGAAGAGGACCACUCCAAACCCUUACCAUCAGAAGUCCAGAAUCGACUCGUGGCAGUCAACAUGCAUUCCAAAGAGAUAGUUGACGUCGCCUCCGGUGAUGACUUCUACAGCUCUGCUCAAUUCUCCCCUGAUGGCAACAGAAUCUGCUGGACUCAGUGGACUCAUCCAGACAUGCCAUGGACAGGAGCUCGGCUGUAUGUGGCCAACUGGAACAAUGGCAAGGUCUCACGCGUUCAUCAUGUAGCUGGAACGCAUAAAACGGAAAGCGUUAGCCAGCCACGAUGGGGACUUGACGGCACAUUGUACUUUACGAGCGACUCUUCGGGGUAUUGGCAACUUUACCGGUGUCUCAUUGACACCUUGGAGUGCCAAAAGCUUGCCCUGCAUGGUCUUGAAGAUGUGGACUUCUCACAGCCGGAGUUCCGUCUAGGAAACUGCACUUACAUCGGCCUGACUCGAACUUCAAUGAUCGCGUCCUACACAAAGAACGCUCGAUGGAGCUUCAUCCUGAUAGAUCUAUCAGAUGACUCUUGGAAUGCUAUGGAUCUGCCAGUGUCAGACACGAUCAAACUCUCAGAUAGUCCCCUAUCAGAUGCCAGGAUCGCGCUUCUUGGUUCCAGCGAGACGAACCUGGACACCUUGUACACGUUGGAUAUCGCAGAUACCGUCAAGCUCUCUGCAAUCAAGGCAUCUUCCGAGUUUCCCAUGCCAGUUUCCUUUGUUUCCAAGCCGGAACAUAUCUCUUUCCCACGGGUGCACGGUGGUAACUUGGAAGGAAUGGCACAUGCCAUAUUCUACCCACCUCAGAAUCCUGAAUACCAGGCCCCACCUGGAACAUUGCCGCCUUUGGUCGUAUGUCUGCAUGGCGGGCCAACCUCUCAAACUGGAACUGGCCUGAACAUCACGGACCAAUACUGGACUUCCCGUGGUUAUGCCGUGGUUUGGGUAAACUACGGCGGUAGUUCCGGGUACGGCCGAGCUUACCGGGAUAUUUUGAAUGGGCAAUGGGGGGUCCUCGACACGGCAGAUACUGCCAGCGCUGUCUCAUACCUCGCAUCAACCGGACGAAUCGAUCAAAAUAGAGUGGGUAUUCGAGGCGGAAGCGCGGGUGGAUACAUCGUACUCCAGGCUCUUUGCGAUUACCCGGAUCUCUUCGCUGGCGGCAAUUCCUUGUACGGAAUAGGCAACGUCCGAGCUCUCUGUGAAGACACGCAUAAAUUCGAGAGCCAAUAUGCGUUCGGCCUACUCUUUGAUGAGGGCGCCAGUGAAGCCGAGAAGAACCGUAUUUUGGACGAGCGCAGUCCCUGCCUCAAAGCAGACAAAAUCACUGCACCUUUGCUGUUGCUUCAAGGCGAUGAGGAUAGAGUGGUCCCGCUGAACCAGGCCGAGGAAAUGGUCGAGGUGAUGAGAAAGGUCGGCCGCGAUGCUAAAUUAGUAGUUUUCCCUGGAGAAGGGCAUGGUUUCAGGCAGGCAAAGAGUCGGAUAGACGCGGUGGAAGAGGAGGAGAAGUGGUGGAAGAAAGCUUUAUUGAAGAUGGAGGGUUAG